GCUGAAUUUCUGGAGUCGUUGAAUCUGGGGACAACAUUACGCGUUGUCUUGAUCUUUCACAUGUGAAUCUCAACAAUUGCGCGACUCGACCACGUGCGUCAUUCUUGGUCCCUUCGGCCUCAAUCCCGAAGCUCGAAAUAAUCGUUGGCUGAACGUCUCAUCAUGUCGUCGCUGUUUGAUCGUGUCUUGUACACAACAGUAGGGCUUGCCUCGCUGGCUGUUCGGACUGUAUUGGGAUACUUCGAGGACGACGCCGAGCAUCGAUGGGAUGGAGAACCAGACAGAGAUGACAAUGAAGUCGAAAGCUGCUUUCUUGAAUUGGAGAAUGGUGUUCGCAUACACUAUCGUCGCCCUCGCAAAGAUGUUUCCGUGCCCAAGCUAGUCAUAUUCGUUCAUGGCUUCCCCGAUUCAUGCCAUCUCUGGACGAGAUACCUCAACUCUGACUUGAACUCACAAGCACAACUGGUCGCUCUCGACUUGCCUGGAUUCGGAGAAAGCGACAAUCUGCCUGCAUAUGGACCGGACGAUGUGUUGACCACGAUUCACCUGACCAUCCUCGCGCUCAAGAAGAAGUACGGCUCGACGCAUUGCACUGUUGUUGCCCAUGACUGGGGUGGUAUCAUCACAUCUCGCAUUGCUGCUCAAACCGAAGGCCUUAUCGAUCACUUGGUAUUGGUCAACUCGCUCUUCGUACCACAUUUCGGACACAUGAUCAACCAGCGGAUUGAGAGAGCUGGUCAACUCAUUUCCGCAGGUCCUAAAGCUGGCUUUUACAAGUCAUGGCUCGCAUCAAUCAAGAAAGAAGCCGGCCCUGUAGCUUCACAGCUGUACCGUUCGCAUUACAUCUUCAUGUUUCAACUUCCGUUCUUCUCGGCGAACCGCUUCCCUUCAGCGAUGAGGUCUCUUCUUGGGGCGUGUCGUAGGUGGGCAGAAGCAGAGAAGAGACAUGAUCUCUCUCAGCACGACGGUGUCUUUGGUCUUGCUGGACGUCAAUGGAAGAUGACAGCAGAUUCAUGGCAUGGUCGAGUGGCUCUGUACCGGGAGAGUCUCAUGUCUGGACCUUGGACUUCUGCACCGCCAACGUCGAAUGGCGGUAUUUUGGACGACAAAACCAUCAAGUGCACCACAACAGUCAUUUUCGGGCUCGGAGACCAGGCUCUGGAUAGCAGGAUCGCUGUUGAAGGUAUCGAAUCAUUCAUUCAGCCACCCGAAGGUCAUGCGAAAGGUCACGCAUAUAUGCUGGAAGGUGUUGGCCAUUGGUCACCACUCAAUGCUCCAUGCCAUGAAGUCGUUCGGAAGGUGCUCGAAACGGAUCUCUCGGGCAGACUGACGGGAGCCGGAUCUCCUCCAGCCAUGGGAACGCUUUGCGACUUCCCUGGAUUGACGGAGAAGAAGCUCAUACAGAUUCAAUCUUCGCUCACCUCCGUUUCCUCUUCAAUCGAAGACGCGUGGUAUGAGUCAACAUCAAGGAGCCAUUACAGCGACGACGGGGACAUUCAACAUGUAGAGACGCCCUUUCAGAGCCGGGAGCCAUGCAUACUCGCCUCCAAAAAGUACUUCCGUCUUGAAUCUGGCCAAUCCAGCUUGCUACUCCAGGUCAGCAGCGGUGAGUGCGAUGAGUUCAUGUUCACCUCCCUCUUCGAGUAUAGCUUCUUCAAUUGGACCUUCCCAAUUCAUCACGUUGUUACCUUGGCUUUAAUUCGUCCUCCAACAGGUUAUUCGUCGCAGAGGUCAAGGAGACAACUAAUGCGCGACCGUUUCCAUCACGGUACCUCGCUGCGGAGAUACUGCUCAUUUUGCCAAUGGUAUGCAGACGUGCCGAGGUAAACAGCAAUGACCACCGAAUAAAUUAAUAUGACUUGAAGCCUAAUAUACAGAUUGCGGGGUAGUCGUUUCAGCACGAUCGCGUGCUCUGUCACCAAGCAAUCGAACAAUCUCGAAGGUCCAAUCGCAUGAGGGGUGUUGUAUAGUGAAAGUUUGUAAGCGAAGG